GACCAGAGAUGCAUUCAUGACGGCUUGGUCCCCUCUGUGCCCCUGAUCUAUCAAAAUGUUUUGGUUUCUCGUCGGUCUUGUCCUUCUCUAUCUGCCGAUGGGCAUCGGGGCUGUGCUGUGGGUGCAGUCGAGCUACAAGCUGGGGCAGAAGCUGAGCUACAAGGAGCUGACGUCAGAGCAGCGGGAGCGCUAUCGUGCUUUUGAGCGCUUCGACCUGCACAAGUGGAAUUACACAGCCUUUCUGCUCGGAGGCUUCUUUUUGGUCAGAUCUCACACACGCACACACACACCUCUGCAGGCACAGACGAGCAUGAGUCUUCCCGAUGAGAUCUCUGCUUGUUUGGUUUUCAGAUGCCGCUGCGCGCUGUCCUGUGCAUUGUGAUUACGUCGACUGCUGCCGUUCUCUUCUGUAGGUCACCGGCUAUAAAAUGUGCGACCAAAGAUGCCCUUCGUGUGUGUGCGUGCAGGGUGCGUGGCGACGUUUUUUCGGAGGCGCGAUGCGUCAAAGGAGUCGUGUGACGAGGGCAUCAGCCCACUCACACCAUUGGGCAGGUCAGCAGUGGAUGGGGCAACACACCAGCAGCACAAUGGAUGAGCCGCCUGUUUGUCUGUCUGUAUGUGUGUUGAUGUCAGCUGUCUGCUUCGUUGGCUUAGCUACACCUUCCCACGGAUGCUGCUCUGGAGCAUGGGUAAGCACCGAACGGCGAGAGGUCCUGUGUGGUGUGGUUGUGAGAUGGGCGUCUUGUCUUGCUGCGUCAAUCAAUCAGGUGUGGUGUGGAUUCGCGAGUACGAAUGGGACUCCAAGAUCGGCAAAGCCGCCCCCCUCCCCCCCUUCUCUCUCCAGCAAUGGUCCGGCCGGCGGGGCCGCAACGCAACGGUCGUCGCCAACCAUGUGGCCAUGACGGUGGGGGCGACGCUCCGCUUGGUGACCACACCGGGCCAUCUGUGUGUGUGUGUGUGUGUGUGUGUGUGCAUCCAUCUGCCCCCUCCCUCUCUCUCUGUGUGUGUGUGUGUCUGUGUGUGUGGUAGAGCAGGAUAUUUUGGUCUUUAUGGUGACCUGCGCAGCAUCGUUCGUCUCGAAGGUGAACAAUGCACACACAAUAUUAUUUAUGCGACCACAGACGGAGAAGCCAUUCAUUUCUUUGCCUGCCUGUGUGUGUGUGUGUGUGUGUGUCUCUGGUUCUGCAGGAUGUGAUUCGCGGCUGGCCGUGUGUGGGCGUCAUUGCCGAGAGCAUCGGGACUGUUUUUGUCGAUAGGGAAACAGAGGAGGCGCGGUGGGUGGCUGUCGGCUCAGACGGUGGGAUCGCCAUUCUGCAUCUGUGUGUGUGUGUGUGUGUGUGUGUGUGGUGAGUCUGCAGGAAGUCUGCAGCCGAUCGCGUGACGGCUCGCCAGGUGGCUCUGGCGGAGGGCAAGGCCGACCAUCCCCUCUGCAUCUUUGCCGAAGGUGCGCGCAGGCCACUCUCCACACACACUGACUGCAGCGAGACACCCGCCGGCACGAAUCUGUGUCUUGUGUUCGUAGGGACUACCACCAAUGGGCGUCAUGUGAUUCCCUUCAAGACGGGCGGCUUCAGGGCACUCACACCCGUGCAGCCGGCAGGUUAGCCACAGUAACGUGACACGGCACACACGCAUCCCUGACAAGAGAUGCUGUCGUCUUCCUUUUCCCUCUGUGUGUUGACAGUGAUGGUGUAUCAGUUCCAUUGGUUCAAUCCGUCCGUCGAGAUCGUGCCGGAAGAGUACUACUUCCCGCUGCUGCUGUCCCAGCCAUACUACAUUCUCCACCUGUAUUGGCUGCCGCCUAUGCAGCCCAGUCCACCAACGAUCCCGCCAACAUCUUCCCUCCCAGCCGACCAACAGAGGGAGGAGCGCGUCAACCGAUUUGCGAACGAGGUGCGUGUGGCAUGACACCACGCACAGAAAGCAGCCUUGGUGCAUGUUCUGCCUGUGUGUGUCGGUGGGUGUCAGGUGCGCCAGCGGAUAUCAGAAGUGCUUGUGAAGGUCCAUCCCAACCCGCCAAAGUAAGUGGGUCAAUGCGUCAACGAGGCGAAUGCGGCCAUGCAUUGUGGUGAUGUGUUUGUGCGUGUAGGGGUUUGAAGCUGCCUGAUGAGUGGCACGGCAGCUUUCGCGACAAGGCAGAGGUCUACAACAUGCUGCUCCACAUGGAGCGGCACUGACCGACCGACACAGACACGGAUACCUGCCUGCUCUUUUUCUCAUUUUUUUCGUUGAUCGGUGUCGUCGUUGCUGCCGUACAUACGUACGUCCUAAUGGUGGCCAGCCACUCGCAGAUCAGUGGCUUGUGGACAGACAGCCAGACAGCCAGACAGACACGAUUUAUGGGUCAUGCACUCGGUGGGAAUGUCAGCGACACUGAUUGAUGCAUCCAAUGGGAAGCCC